CCAUUUGAAGACCUUCCAUUGUUGCUCGAAGCCCUGGUAGAGGAGGAUCCGGGACAAAAUCCAGAAAAUUUGCAGCCAUCGCCAACACAUUUCUGGGCUCAUCACGAAUAAUUGCGGACCAUCCCAUUGAAGGGGGAGAUAACUUCCAGGAGGCAUCAACUUUCAAUUUUAAUAAUCCUGAUUCAGGAGGAUGCCAACAGGAACUUACAGAACUGUAAACCGAAAUGCUGGCUAAAAUGGCUGGGGGAGGAAUGAUCUGGCAGUUACUAAGGAGGAAGCUUAAGAUACAAUCUACCCCCUUUGGAGCACUUGGUUUUCUUGGAAAUGGUGCGUCAAAACAUUUGAGCUUUGCAACAGUAGUAUCCUGUUUUGAGAUUAAUCAUGGGUUACAAUGUCCAAGUUAUAACUGGUCUCCCAAUGAUCAGUUAUUGAUUUUGUUGGCAGAUGCUCACUCUAUACUUUUGGGAUGCAGGUUGAGAUCCAACUUUCUACUGCAAUCAACUUAUUAUUCUCGAACUUAUAAUGUUUAUACAAGAGGUUCUGGCUUAGAUAUAUGGGGAUUGAAAACGGGACAUGGUUAUCAUUCACAGUCAUUUCAUAAGUCUCAUUGGUUUUCACCUCUUUCCACUCGUUAUAUUGGAAGGUGUUCUUCCUUGCACCAUAUUCAACGCAGCUACUCUAAAGCUUCUAUUGAACAGAAGUCCAAAAAUAUGCUUUUAUACCUUGUAGCAUUGGUUUUUGCCAUGGUAGGAUGUAGUUAUGCGGCUGUUCCUCUUUAUAGGAGGUUCUGCCAAGCUACUGGUUAUGGGGGCACUGUUCAGCGCCGCGAGAGCGUUGAAGAAAAGAUUGCUCGGCAUGCUCAAGAUGGAACAGUAACUACAAGGGAUAUUGUUGUGCAGUUUAAUGCUGACGUAGCUGAUGGAAUGCCUUGGAAGUUUAUUCCAACCCAGAGAGAGGUAAGGGUAAAACCUGGAGAAAGUGCACUUGCAUUCUAUACUGCUGAAAAUAGAAGUUCAACUCCAAUUACUGGUGUGUCUACGUACAAUGUUACACCUAUGAAGGCUGCAAUCUACUUCAAUAAAAUACAAUGCUUUUGCUUCGAGGAGCAACGUCUCCUUCCCGGGGAGCAGAUCGACAUGCCUGUGUUCUUCUACAUUGAUCCCGAGUUUGAAACUGAUCCAAAAAUGGACGGCAUUAACAAUUUGAUUCUAUCGUACACUUUUUUCAAGGUCUCAGAAGAAUAGGUGAUGAACAGAGUGGUGGGUUAAUUUAUAGAUGGAUUACAGGUCCAGAGAUCCAAAUUUUUGCCAUUGAUGGAGAAUUGUCCAAGAAAAUCAUUUUCAGAAAGCUACUUGUUUUCUUUCUGUAAUUAUAUUUGAGAUUGAGAUUCUAUCAUAUGCCAUGACCUUAGAUUAGGGAAAUAAUAGGAAUUUGAGUUUGAGAUAUGUGCGGGACUGAUUUUGGGUAUUACAAAAAUCUGUACUGUGGGACUCAGCUGCUCACCAGGGAUAUUGCUUGAUGAUUGUCCAUUACAUUUUCAUGAAGUAAUCAUCAUAAUAAUUUUAAAGUGAUUAUCAAUUUUAU